UGGUGCUGCGCGCUCUCCGUAGGCUCGGUCGCCGCCCGCGCCUGCUCUCGGGUCCCGUGGGCUUCGGGCCGGGUUUCAGGAGUCCGAGAAAGCAAGGUCUACAAGUUCGUGUGGAUUCGAAAAUUUAAAACCUCAUUAGCGCCGCGAAGAAAAAGCCGGGAGCCUCGCGGCCGAGCCUCGCGCCGCACGGUAGCUGCGUCCCCUCCCGGGCCGACACGCGUGGGACCUCCGACAGCCCAGAGCCUCUCUCCUCUCUUACCCUGGUCAUGGAAGGAGUAGAGGAGUCAGAAGCCGACUGCUCCGUAGCGUUCGCCGAGGCGCAGAGAUGGGUGGAGGCAGUAACAGAGAAGAAUUUUGAAACAAAGGAUUUCCGUGCCUCUCUGGAAAAUGGCAUCCUGUUGUGUGAUUUGAUUAAUAAGCUUAAACCUGGCGUCAUUAAGAAGAUUAAUAGACUAUCCACACCAAUAGCAGGUUUGGAUAAUGUAAACGUUUUUUUGAAAGCUUGUGAACAGAUUGGAUUGAAAGAAGCCCAGCUUUUCCAUCCUGGGGACCUACAGGAUUUAUCGAAUCGAGUCACUGUCAAGCAAGAAGAGACUGAUAGGAGAGUGAAAAAUGUUUUGAUAACCUUGUACUGGCUGGGAAGAAAAGCACAGAGUAACCCAUAUUAUAGUGGUCCCUAUCUUAAUUUGAAAGCAUUUGAGAAUCUUUUAGGACAAGCUCUGACUAAGGCACUUGAAGACUCUGGCUGCCUGAGCAAAAGUGGCCAGGACAGUGGUUACAGCAGUAGCUGGUAUCCUGACCGGGGAGAAUUUCCUGCUCCUCCAGGCAGCCAUAAGACGGAAGAUUCCUUUGAAAGCUUAGAUUCCUUGGGGUCUAGGUCACUGGCCAGCUACUCCUCGGGUAUCGUGCUGCGAGGAGGUCGUGAAGGUUGUGAAAGCGACACAGAUUCUGAGUUUACAUUCACAAUGCAGGAUUAUAACAAAGAUGAUAUGUCUUAUAGAAGGAUUUCAGCCAUUGAACCAAAAUCUGCUUUACCAUUCAAUCGUUUUUUACCUAACAAAAGUAGACAGCCCUCCUAUGUACCAGCACCCUUGAGGAAGAAAAAGCCAGACAAAAAUGAGAAUAACCGAAGAAGUUGGGCAAGCCCGAUCUAUACAGACGCAGAUGGGACAUUUUCAAGUAACCAAAGGAGGACUUGGGGCACCAGUGUGCAGAACUGGUCAACAGUUCAAGGAACUCCAAACUCUUCUCGUUAUUUGGAAGAGGAAGAAGAAAAGCCAACAGGCAUACCUAACAUUGUAAAGGAUGACCUUUAUAUGCGAAAGCUAAGUCCAAUCAUACCAAGCCCAGGGAAUUGUUUUGAUCAGUUUCUUCCCAAAUGCUGGACCCCAGAAGGUGUGAACUGGAAAAGAAUAAAAAGGGAAACUUAUAAACCUUGGUAUAAAGAAUUUCAGGGAUUCAGUCAAUUUUUAUUACUUCAGGCCCUCCAAACAUAUUCUGAUGACAUCUUGUCUUCUGAAACAAAUAUCAAAAUUGAUCCCACUUCUGGUCCAAGGCUCAUAACACGCAGGAAGAAUCUCUCUCAUGCACCAGGCAAUAGAAAAGAUGACCUUGAAAUGGCAGCUCUGGAUCCCGACUUAGAAAAUGAUGAUUUCUUUGUCAGAAAAAUGGGGACUUUCCAUGCAAAUCCAUGUGUUCUUCGAGCUUUUGAAGAUUUCAAAAGAUUCUCUGAGCAAGAUGAACCUGUAGAGCGAGAUAUAAUUUUGCAGUGUAGAGAAGGUGAACUUGUACUACCAGAUUUAGAAAAAGAUGAUAUGAUUGUCCGCCGAAUUCCAGCACCAAAAAAAGAAGUGCCUCUCUCCGGGGCCCCAGAUAGAUACCAGCCAGUCCCUUUUCCUGAUCCCUGGACUCUGCCUCCGGAAAUCCAAGCCAAAUUUCUCUGUGUACUUGAAAGGACACACCCAUCCAAAGAAAAAAGUAAUAGCUGUAGAAUAUUAGUUCCUUCAUAUCAGCGGGAGAAAGAUGACAUGAUGACUCGUAAGAUCCAGUCUUGGAAACUGGGCACUGCUGUACCUCCCAUCACCUUCACCCCUGGCCCCUGCAGUGAGGCCGAUUUAGAGAAGUGGGGGGCCAUUCGAGAGGCCAGUCGUCUUAGGCACAAGAAGAGGCUAAUGGUGGAGAGACUCUUUCAAAAGAUUUAUGGUGAGAAUGGGAAUAAGUCCAUGAGUGAUGUCAGCCCAGAGGAUGUUCAGCACUUGCGUCAGCUGCGUUAUGAGGAGAUGCAGAAAAUAAAAUCCCAAUUAAAAGAACAAGAUCAGAAAUGGCAAGAUGACCUUGCAAAAUGGAAAGAUCGUCGGCGAAGUUACACUUCAGACCUGCAGAAGAAAAAAGAAGAGAGGGAAGAAAUUGAAAAGCAGGUGUCAGAGAAGUCUGAGAGAAGCUCCAAGACGUUUAAGGAAAUGCUGCAGGACAGGGAAUCCCAAGAUCACAAGUCUACCAUUACAUCUAGGAGGAGGAUGUACUCUUCUGAUGAUGUAUUGAAUGAUGAACGACCUGCUACCUUGAUUCUGUCAGAAGCCCGUUACCAGAGUGAGAGAGUGGAAGAGAAGGGAACAACUUAUCCUGCUGAAAUUCCUAAAGGAGAGUCUACAACUCUUACAGAAAGGCAGGACAGUGUAGCAACUGAAAUUCAGCUUCCUUCUAAAAGCUUCACGGAAGAACAACGCCCGGCCUCUUUGUCUUCUCAGCAUUCACUGAGUACACAAAUGGAGCCAACUCGAAUUUCAGCUUCUCUCCCCAGAAGUUACCAGAAAACUGAUACAGUCAGGUUAACAUCUGUGGUCACGCCGAGACCUUUUGGCACUCAGUCAAGGGGAAUCUCACCACUCCCCAGAUGCUAUACGAUGGAUCCUGGUUGGAAGUACAAUGGAAAUGUUGAUGGUGUUAAGACAUCUGAGAACAAUUCGUUCAGCCUCCCUGCCCUAAAUCCUGACACCUGCCAACUUGCUUCGAGCUUGUCCAGUGAGAGGGAGGCAGUCCCAGAGGAAGGUGUGGUGAGGCUGCCUCCUCCUACACCCCCAUUCUCACCUCUCUCCCAAGACCUGGCUCCUGCUUCUAUAGACACUCCGUCUUUGACAUCUGGCCCUAAUUUAAUGUCUGAACCCGAAGAAGGCAGAAGCUCAUCACAGAGAGAGCUCCCAGGGUCUCAGGAUCAGUUCAGUGAUAUGAGAAUCAGCAUAAACCAGAAGCCUGGGAACAGUGUUGACUUUGGGUUUACAAUAAAAUGGGAUUAUUCCAGAAUCUUCAUAGCAUCAGUUGAAGCAGGUAGCCCAGCAGAAUUUUCUCAGCUGCAGGUAGAUGAUGAAAUUAUUGCUAUGAACAACACUAAGUUUUCAUAUAUGAAUACAAAAGAGUGGGAGGAAACAAUGGCUAGUGCUCAAGAAACUGGAACCCUAGUGCUGGAUAUCAGGCGUUAUGGAAAGUCAGACUGGGGCAAAGACCAACCUUUCCUGCCAUUUUCACGGCAUAAAACCCUCAAUCUCACCAGUGUGGCUACCAAAAUUAUAGGUUCACCUGAAACAAAAUGGAUUGAUACAACUUCUGGAAUUUACAAUUCAGACAAGUCUUCAAAUCUAUCAGUAACAACUGAUUUCUCCGAAAGCCUUCAGAGUCCUUAUACUGAAUCCAAAGAAAUCAAUGGAAUUCAUGAUGAAAGCAACAAUUUUGAAUCAAAAGCAUCUGAAUCCAUUUCUUUGAAAAACUUAAAAAGGCGAUCACAAUUUUUUGAACAAGGAAGCUCUGAUUCUGUGGUUCCUGAUCUUCCAGUUCCAACCCUCAGCACCCCAAGCCGCUGGGCAUGGGAUCAAGAGGAGGAGAGAAGGCGGCAGGAGAGAUGGCAGAAGGAGCAGGACCGUCUGCUGCAGGAAAAGUACCAGCGUGAGCAGGAGAAACUGAGAGAAGAGUGGCAAAGGGCUAGACAGGAGGCCGAGAGAGAGAAUUCCAAGUACUUGGAUGAGGAACUGAUGGUCCUGAACUCCAACAGCAUCUCUAUGAGCCCACGGGAGCCUGCUCUUGCCACCUGGGAAGCCACAUGGAGUGAAGGGUCCAAGUCAUCUGACAGGGAAGGGACCCGAGCAGGAGAAGAGGAAAAGAGGCAGCAGGAAGCAGAUGCUGUUCAUGAGGACCAAAGCCCAAAGCUGCAGGAGCAGCUCAUUCUUGAGAAGGAACAGAAACUGAGGGAGCAGCAGGCCCAGGAGGAGCAGGAAGAGAGGCAGCGUGAGGCUGAAGCUAAAGCACAGAAGCCCCUGGCUGAGGAACGGAUGCACCAAGCAGAGAGAGAAAGGGAAACUUCAGUCAAAAUAUACCAGUACAGGAGGCCUGUCGAUUCUUAUGAUAUACCCAAGAAAGAGGAAGAAGAAUCUUCAGGUUUGCUUCCUACUGAUAGGACUAAAUCCAGAUCUACUACUGAACUGAAUGAUUACCCCACAAAUAAAAAUGGAAGCAACAAAUACUUAGACAGAAUAGAAAGCACUACCUUUUCACAGAGGAGCUCCAAGAAAGAUCAAGGCCCCUCAGGAGCAGAGUUGGAGAGACAGCAAAUCCUUCAGGAGAUGAGGAAGAGGACAUCCCUUCACAAUGACAACAGCUGGAUCCGGCAGCGCAGUUCCAGUGUGAAUAAAGAGCCUAUCUGUCUGCCUGGAGUUAUGAGAAGAGGGGAGUCUCUAGAUAACCUGGACUCACAGCGGUCUGAUUCUUGGAGACAGUCCCCUUGGCUCAAUCAGUCUUCGGGAGUCUAUGCUUCUUCCUCCGUUCAAGACUUCAGUCGCCCACCUUCUCAGUUCCUGUCCACGUCAAACCGUGCCUACGUGCGAAACCCAUCCUCCAGUGUGGCCCCUCCUCCUUCUGGCCCAGGGAAGCCGGCUGCCACUAUGCAGUCUGCCACCCUGCCUGGCCAUUCCACUUCUCCUUCACAGCCGGGCUCUCAGCUCCGCAACAGGUCAAUCAGUGGGAAGCGUGUGUGCUCCUACUGUAAUAACAUUCUGGGCAAAGGAGCUGCCAUGAUCAUCGAGUCCCUGGGUCUUUGUUAUCAUUUACAUUGUUUUAAGUGUGUGUCCUGUGAGUGCGACCUUGGAGGCUCUUCCUCAGGAGCUGAAGUCCGAAUCAGAAACCACCAACUGUACUGCAACAACUGCUAUCUCAGAUUCAAAUCUGGACGGCCAACUGCCAUGUGAUGUAAGCCUCCACUUGAAAGCACUGUUGCAGAUAGAAGAAGAGGUGGUUGCUGCUGAUGUAGAUCUAUAAAUAUAUGUUGUAUGUCUUUUUUGCUCUGUUUUGUUUUUUUUUUAAAGUAAUUUGAGGGGCUUUAUUAGACUAUCUGGGAACACUGUAGUCUCAGUAGAACCAGUAUUUUUGAUGUUUAUUUAUAAGAAGGAAAUUAUGUGUGGGGGAAAAGUGCAGUAUUCACUUAUUGAAUUUAGCAUCUGAAAAGCACAAGAGAAAAAACAAGAAUUGAAAAAUAUUUUGAGGUGGAUAACCUAGUUUGUUUGACUCACUAGUGGUGUUUUGAGGAAGGUAUUUUAUGUUUUUUUAAAGUUCUUAAACAUUAUUUGGAAUAGAUAAUAUAAAUAUGUAGUUGCACCUACUCUGUUUAUUGUAAUGUAUACUAAGUUACUUCAGGAGCAUAUAAAAUUUUUCAUUUAAAUCCACCCUAAAUUUGCUUUCUGUAUCCUUUCUACCUAUGUAACAUGAUGAAAAAAAUAUUUAGCUUAUGUAACAUUUAUUUGCUUGAUGAUGGGAGCUCUGUUUUCUUCUCCAGAACUGUUGCUAAGUAAUUCCUGAGUAGAAAUUGUUUGUUUUCAUAAAUGGAAAAUAACCAUGGUUUAUUUA